GCACCGCAGUCGAGUAUCUGCAACAUCAGCUUCCAACCAAGGAGCAGAGCACCGGAGAAUGAAUUGCUUGUCGUUGUCGCUAGCUAGUGCAUCCAAGCCGAGGUGUGCUGAAGGGAUAUGGCUGAUGAUGGGGAUUCCAGUUUGGAGGAAGACCACGUUGCGAUUGUGACAGAGAAGUUGAACCUGACUUCUCCUACCCCGGUAUCUCAUGUGCAACUUGCCUGCUGCAACUCCCACUGCGCUUUCCCAUGGCAAGGCAACGAGCUGCGGAUUUACAUCAACACUGACUUUGGGGCAAAGCCCCUGAAUCUUAUUGGUCACCAUGAAAACGUAUCUGCCCUGGCUUUUGGUGCAAGACAGGACCCACUUCUUCUCUGCUCUGCCUCUAAUGAUUACGUCAUUGUGUGGGACAUUGAGCAGUGCUACAGAAGAGACAUCGAGGGUCUGAUUGCUUCAGGGGUGGUCAUCGGAACAUGUCUGGGAAGGGCACAGCACCUGUCCCUGUGUUCUGAGAACGAGAAGGUGGCAGUUUGCUCAGGUGCGAAAACACACAUAUUAAACAUCCAGAAAAGGGAGCUUGUUGUUUCUUUGUCGGGCCACCUGGGAUCUGUGACGGCUGCGGAGUUCUGCCCGUGGGAUGGGCACGUCCUCCUGACCUCCUCAGAGGACCGCACAUUCAAGGUGUGGGAUUUGAGAACGGAAGAGUGUCUGUAUCAGUCUUCUGUGCUGUCAGCGUUUCCACUGCUUAGUUUGUUCAUCAGUGAGGAGAAAAGGCAGCUGAUUACUGGGUCAACUAAUGGACAGGUGUGGGCCUUCAGCCUCCCUGAGGACUUCAGGUGUCGUGUGGUGAGCCGUGUCGACCUGCAGAAGGUGGAGCAGAGGCGUCUGAAGCACAUGGAGGGCAGUCCCGCGAACAAGCCAGAGAGACAGCCCCGGUGCCAGUCUCCAGGCUCUGUCCCUGGGGAGCAGGCAGACACAGUGGAGACCUCACGGCCUGUUCUGCGACUCUCUCCCUGCACUGCGCUGCCCGGCUGUGUUCAGGACCAGGAGAGGUGCGGGAACCUCUACUGGAUCGGCAGCACGGACAGCCUCUUCCUGCUGGACCUGGACGCAGCCGAGCUCCGCACCGCACUGUACCUCAAAGACUAUCCAAAUCUGACAUUUUCCAUGGCUGGAUCAUGGGCCAUUCAUCAAAGAGACAAGGACAAGAUCCUGUGUGUGAUGUCAUCUCCAUUCGAGUCCGCCAUCAUCCUAUUUGAGGUUCAGAUGUCGGAGUAUUCCCUCUCCCCCUGUCCGUGGGAGGAGAUCUUGACUGUGUUCCCCAGUGGUCCGCUGUUGCCCGAGUCUCCCCUGAACGCAGUGCUGGUGAGGAAGGGGGUUCCUAAGCCAAUCAAGAAGCCGGGUCCAGAAGUGAAAGUUGUUCAAAUGGACCGGCCUUUGACCUUUCACCCACGCGUGAAGUCAUCGGGAUACGCAACACGCCCCUGGGCAUGCACAAACAAGGUUAUCUCACCAAAGAAGAGUUCAAUGUCCGUGAAAACGAGGAAGAAACCACGGUGUAUCUUGCCGGAGUACCCAGAAGACAUCGCAGUGCCCACUGUUUUAUACAACCAAGUAAGCGCAGCUGAAAGGCCAGCACCUGUCAGCUGCCUACAGUAUUCAGGAGAUGGAAAGCACGUCCUGUGUGGUCUGGGAAACGCAUCAGCGUUGCUGUACAAGUCCACGCUGGCUGGCACCACAGCUGUCUACACAGGCCAUGACGGGCCCAUCAACACCGUGGACUGGAGCUUCAACAGGAAGUGGGUCGUGACAUCGGCUGAGGACCGGACGGUUCGGGUGUGGCCCAUCGGGAACGCGGAACCGAUCCUGAUCAUGGGCGAUGACAAAUUCUCAAAACCUGUCAAGUCUGCCCACUUUUACUACCUGGACAAGUUCAUGCUGCUGGCCUCUGGGCCUGCCCUCCACCUGUACCUCUACCACCUUCAUCUAGCCCGGGAUGACAUUAAGAGAUACCACCAGAAGAGCCUCUGCAAGCCGGUCGGGAGGUUCAAGAUGAGUUCAGGGACAGACAUCACCUGCACAUCUACCAUCAACCAGUUGUAUUCCUACAUCGUGCUGGCCGCAGGAGUCGACCGGUCCGUGGAGGUGUUCGACAUGAACGUGGGGCACGUCUGCGCGGAGAUCCCUGAUGCCCACACCCGCGCCGUUCAUCACAUCACCCAGAACCAGGGCUCCGUGUUCAGCACGCAGGCUCCAGACCUGUACAACCUGUUCCUGACCGGCGCCGUGACGGACGGACUGAAGCUGUGGGACCUGCGGACUCUCAGGUGUGUGCGUCGAUACGAGGGCCACGCCAACCGGUGUCACCCCUGCGGCGCCGCCUUCUCGCCCUGCGGACGCUACAUCGCCACUGGGUCCGAGGACAACUGCGCCUACGUUUAUGACAUCCGCAGCUGCACCUACCUGCACAAGCUCCAGAGGCACUCCGACCCCGUCCUGACCGUGGCCUUCAACCCCGCCAAGCCUGAGCUGAUGACGGGGACCCUGGAUGGAAAACUGCAACUUUUCCGCCCCAGCAAUGGAGCUGCUAUCAUCUGACCCCAGAAUCUGAUCUCACCCGACCCCUGAAUCUGAUCUCACCCGACCCCUGAAUCUGGUCUCACCAGACUCUGAAUCUAAUCUCAUCUGACCCCUGAAUCUGAUCUCAUCUGACCCCAGAAUCUGAUCUCAUCUGGUCUUGAAUCUGAUCUAACCUGACCCAGAAUCUGAUCUCACCUGACCCCAGAAUCUGAUCUCAUCUGACCCUGAAUCUGUUCUCAACUGAUCUUGAACCUCUCGUCUGACUCUGGAUUCUCUGGAUGCUGAAUAAGCUUUCAGCUGACAGAGAAAAGUAUCUGAUCUUCACUGCUCAGAGGCUUCCUGUAUUUACAUUCAAACAUUGUAUUUGGAGAACGUGAAUCCUUGAGAACUUGGAUCACAGUACAUGCAUUUAAUUAUUUCAGCCCAAGAUUUCAGUGUCUUGGCAUUAUAUCAUAAAGCUGUAGCAACAGCUGUAGCAGACACACAGAUGCACACACACACGCACACACCUACACACACACAUUCAAACACAUUAUUCAGAUAUGCAUUUGCACGUAUCCUGUACCAGCACAGUUUCAUACAGCAUC